AUGGAUUUUGUAAUGUUUGUUUUUUUGUCUGGGUUUUUGCUCCCAGGGGUUAGCCAUUUGAAGUCCAGUAUAGAACAGUCACUUGACGUAUCUUCAGAUGACGAACAUUAUUAUGCAGAUGAAGACAAUACAGCUGGUGAUGAUAAUAAUCUCCUUCUACUUGAAGAUGAAAAAGCUCCAGAGAGUAAGCCUAUCAUACACACAACAGAAGACAGUGAAGAAAAUCCUCCUGCUAAUGAGAAAACUGGCAACUAUUAUAAAGACAUAACGCAGUAUGUGUUCACCACACAAAAUACAAACGGCACCGACUCUGAAAUAUCUGUGAAAGCCACAACUGAUCUGAGGUUUGCACUGAAGAACUAUAAGCUCCUCAAUGCAACUACAGCUGAAAAACGUGCCAGUGAGGAAGACGAAUCUAAUGCACUCGCGCCUAAAAAUUUGCAAACAUCAACCCCCAAUGUGCCUGCAUUUUGGACAAUGUUAGCUAAAGCUAUAAAUGGAACAGCAGUGAGACUAGAUGAUAAAGAUCAACUCUUUCAAGCAAUUCCAGGCUCUGAUUUGAAUACUACAAACGAAGAUAAACUGUCAAAGCUAGAGGAAAUCAAGCUCAAAUUAAUGUUGGGCAUCUCCCUGAUGACCUUCAUCCUUUCAGUUCCUCUCUUGAUAUUCUGUUUUGCCACACUGUACAAACUGAGACACCUAAGUGACAAAAACUAUGAAAGUCAGUACACCAUCAACCCGGAGCUGGCGACUCUGUCUUACUUCCAUCCGUCCGAAGGUGUAUCGGACACAUCUUUCUCCAAAAGCGCAGAGAGUAGCUCCUACUGGGGGAACACUUCAGACAUGAGAAGACCAGACACAAAAAAGUCAAAAUCUAAACUUAUGGAAACUUCUGCAGGCUCAGCUGACACAGGCUUAAAUGAGGAGCCCAACUUCCUUCCCCGUGAGGAGCCCUUCCUUGCCCCAGAGGAGGAGCUGAAUGUGGGAGACCUUGAGGACCUGGGUGAGAUGAUUGAGGCAGCCCCAGCUGGGGAAGGCAAUGAGGAACCAGUUGAGGAAGUCAAUAUUGAGUAGUACAGAUCUUUGUGUCUCACACAAAGGGCUUAAUUUUGAAACAGCAAAUUUCAGAGACAUCUACAUUUUCUGGUGACUU